GUCAACGGUGAUAAUGGGUGCUCAGGAGGAAGAGGAGGAGGACCUUAAAUCAAGUAGAUCAAGUGUCUUAAAUGCAGGAAGUGGAGCUAUACUUCCUGCAGUUGAAAUUCAAUCCCUAGUGGAGAAAGCCAAAUUUUAUACAUCAUUAUGCCUGGGCACAACUGCCUGUUUAUCUGUUUUUGCAUUUCUCUUUCUUGUACCAUUUGUCAUUGAACCAGCGAUAACGACAAUUCUCGCUGAUUAUACACAAGAUCCAGUGGCCUGCAUGGUCACCGAUCACACCUACGCCGAGGGACUUAAAAAUUGUUCCUGGUCAAGUUGCAGAGAAGGCUGCACGAGUGCUGCUCUCCGUUGUCAUCAAAUUAAAGUGAACUACUCGAAAUUGAAUUUUGAGGAAUUUAAGACAGUGCCAGUGUCUGAGAGGGAAUGGAGUAUUGCUGAUACGAAAUUUUUUGUCAAUACAGAAGGAUGUGGAUAUCCACCGAGAGUUAAUUGUUCCGUAUUUGCGAAAAAAUAUGGAUACAAGAAUAAUAGAGGAAAAAUAUUUCCUUGUUACUUUAGCAGGACCAAUCCACAAACUGUUGUGGCAAGAUAUUCUUGGGAUGAUAAUUUAAAGCAUUUAGUAUUGGCUUUAACAGUGCCUGUAAUAUUAUUUGGUGUUUCAUUGGGUGUUCUUUGCUUUUGGUAUUGUCCACCAAUUAGAAAGACUUGCGGAAGUCCAGGAAGAAAUCUCCUCGAAAAGUACGACAGGAAGGAAGAGUAAGUAACGUCAUUUUGGAGGAGGAUGAAUUCGAAGAAGACGAGGAAGAAUACUGACUGUUACCUCGGGCUCACUCCUUAUCGAGGGAGUGACCCCGAAAGAAGUUCUACUAAUUUCGAAACAAAAAAGAAAAUUUUCUUUUCAAACAUUAUAAAUUUUAAUUCUAAUAAAAAUAAUAAUUGGCUCGCAAAUAGCGACGCUUCCUGUAGACAAACUUAUAAAAAGAAAAAGAAAAAAAAAAGAUCGUAUAGCUUCCUCGCGGCUGUUUCAUACACUGCUGACAAUCAGUAAUUAUGUAAAUUAUUAUUUAUCGCGAAUUUUCUCCAAACACGUCACAAGACCAGAAAAAUUUUCUAUCUCUUUUAAAGCUACUUCUCAAACGCAAUUAUUGGACAUAAUUUUUUUUAAAUAUCUGCAUAAAAAAAUACGAUCGAAUUUCGCUGAUAAUAAAGAAGUUUUUAAUUAAAAUCUCCAUUAAUUAAU